GGUGGAGUGAGUCUCCUUUGGAGGUCUUGAAGCAGAGGCUUGACAGCCAUCUGUCAAUAGUGCUUUGAUGGUGUUUCCUGCUUGGCAGGGGGUUGGACUGGAUGGCCCUUGGGGUUUCUUCCAAUUCUAGGAUUCUAUGAACCACCCUCUUGCCCCAUCAUCAUCACUUUUAAUUGGUAUUGUUGUUGUUGAGUCGUGUCCGAUUCUCGCCCCACUCACAUAGGCACCCUGCGACACCCCCCCCCCACGGGAUAUGCAUGAAAUUUCAAAUAUAGCUAUAUGAUCCCUAGCGUAGUAAGAUAAAGACCUUUGGAGCACAGAAGGCUUUUUUUUAAAAAAAAGUUUUUUACAAGAAAGAAGAUUCCACCUCAACAUGAGGAAGAACUUCCUGACAUCGCUGCAGCCCAGGUGUUAGCCGAAGAAAGAAGAAGCCAAAGUGGUCCUAGUCCUGUUUCAGUCCAGUCUCCAGUUAGCAUGAAAUCUUCAACCAGGCCAGUGAUUGAUGGUUCCACGUUGAGAACAGAAGAGAGGCAAAGGCUGGCCAGGGAACGGCGAGAGGAGCGCGAUAAGCAGCAAGCGGCCAAAGAAACCCAGAUAUUGGAAAAGGAGAAGAAGGCCAAGCUCCAGUACGAGAAGCAAAUGGAGGAGAGGCAGAAACGACUGAAGGAGCAGAAGUUGAAGGAAGAACAAAGGAGGGUAGCUGUAGAGGAGAAGCGGAAACAGAAGCUGGAGGAGGACAAGGAGCGCUACGAAGCGGUUCUCCAUCGGACACUGGAGCGGAGCCAGCGGCUGGAAACUCGACAGAAGAGGUGGUCCUGGGGAGGCUCCAUCACCGAUUCGGACGGCAAGCCGGAGUCACCAAUUCCAGAUGAAGGCAGCAAGCGCUCUACCUCCUCAGCAAACCUCAAGCAAGCAGAAAAUGUCAUCAGCAAGCGCCUGUCGUCUUCGGCAGCACGUCUGAAUUCUCCCAGCAAGGGUUCAACGAAAAGAAGUUCUUCGUUAAACAGACUGAAUAACAAAGUUCCUCCCAAUUCCGAGCAGCCAGAACCCAAAGGUUUGCAAGCGGAGCAGAAAGCUCACCGUUCGCAGGCCAGUCCUCUGGAGAGCAACGUGCUCAGCCGCUUGCUCACGCCCACCCAGGCCUCCCUAGCCAGGAGCAAGAGUGCCGCCGCUUUAUCAGCCGAUGGCCAAGACCCCUCAGCUCCCAGCAGCGCCGUCAGUUCCCCGGCCCACGCGCCCAAAGUGCCCUUGCGGAGCCGCAGCACCGACCGACUGAAGACGGCCGCCUCUCCGUCGGGAAGCAUCUCGCCAGAAACGGCACAGAAAUCGGAGCUCGCGCAGCCGCCCUCGUCUACCGGGAGACGCACUCCGUCGCCAUCUUUGCCCGGUCCCAGGCGGUCUCCAUCUCCUGCCAACGUGGGCAAACGGGCUCCGUCUCCAGCCGCAAUCAGACAAAAGUCUCACCCGAGUUCGCCCAAGCGACAGUGGCCCCCGUCUCCUGUUUUGGCCUCUAAGCCAGCGCCGAUUCAGCGCCCCUCCAUCACCCCGAACGUCCUUAACCUUGCCAAAAAGCAAAGUGACCCGGCAUGCCGACCAAAGGAGAGGCUGGAGCAUCCCGAGGGUCGGGGUCCGGGCCCGGCGGCCGUGCCACACCCCUCCUCGGAGAGAGAAGUGGCUGCCGCUGCUCCAAAGACCAAAGAAGAUGCAAGUAGCAAAACCACUCUGGCAACCACGACGGCCGAAGAGGCGGCGAGGAUAUUGGCAGAGAAGCGCCGUCUUGCAAGGGAACAGAGGGAGCGGGAAGACCAGGAGAGAGCUCAAAGAGAAGAGGCAGAAAGGAUCAGAAAGGAAGAAGUCGCCAUGCGAACCCUCGAGAAGCAGGCCCAGCUGGAAGAGGCCCUUCGGGAACCGGAAGAUGAGCGGAGGGCAGGGGAAGAGGAGCCCCAAAGGCAGGAGGAGCAAGAGAAGAUGGCUGAGCUCCAACUUCAGCGAGAAGAGGCGGAGGCAACAGCUCUGAAGGAAGCCGAGAAACAGCGUCGGGAACGGGAGUGGAUCGUGCAGCAGAACAAGCAAGAGCGGCUGCAGAGGAAAAAGAGAAUAGAAGAAAUAAUGAGGAGGACCCGGAAGGCAGAGCAGAACGACACCAAGAACGAGGACAAGUCCAAUGAGGAGGAGGACGAAGGCGUCGAAGAAGACGACGAGCUGGGCCUCGAAAAGCAAGAUCAGCCUGAAAAAGCAAAAUAUGACUCCUCCCUCAAAGAUGGUCCGGAGGCUGUGUGUGAUUGGACCGCGUCGGAAGAAGAGAGAUCAAAAAUGGAACCGGAUGGUGUCUUUGUAAAUGGGGAUGAGCAGGAGGAGGUUGACCGGAGGAACAAUGGUGGUGGGAAUUUGAUGUAUUUGACUCAGGCAAAAGAAGCCAGCCCCCCAGCAAAGGACAUGGUCGCCGAGAACUCCGAAAUCUUGCUCGUCAACGAAGCGGAUCGCUCCGCUGGAUUUCUGUCCAACCUGAAUGGGAACUCUACCGCAUGGAAUUUUGAAGAAAUCAUUGACCUCGGCAUCCACCCCAAGACAACCAUUGCUGCGGAGAAAGCCGCCCAGAGCUUGAAAGACGCCGCUGUUGUACCUGCGAGUCCCAGGCUGGCUUUUGAAGACGGAAGUCCCAGGAAUUCCUUCACCAAUCCGAUAGAGACCGCAUCAGAACUGUGAACCCUAGGACCCUCGAAA